GCUAUAGCACCCCCUAGCGCCCCCCUGGAGCCGCCACUGGCUCAGUAUCCCCAAGUCAUAUUUUUGGUCCGAGGUUUCUCAAAUAAAAAACAUAACAUUUUAAGCGUUGAAAAUGAGCGACCCAUGUCCCCCAAAUUAAACAGUAGCCAGUAAAAAGACCUUUUUAACUUUUCCUUUCUCUACCAUUUAGGAUUAAAAAUACUGUAAGCCCCUGAAUUAGUUUAAUUUUAUUUUAAGGUUGUUUAUUAUGUUUACUAGUGUUUUGCACUAGUAAACAUAAUAGUUUACUAGUUAUGUUUACUAGUAAAUAUAGUCGUUUAUUUAUUUAUUUCGGAUCCAUGGGUCGCACGAGUCCAGCUUAGUCCAGUCUGAGCUCUCCCUGAUCUACAGCAGCAGUCUGCACAGAGCUGCGGGGCGCAGACCGGGACAACGGAGGAGAUGCCUGGCCGGACCGAUGCAGACAUACCUGAAACAGGAGCCAUCUUCACAUUUGGGAAGAGCAGCUUUGCUAACGAUGUUCCCAGUCAGUUCUGGUUGAAAAAUGACCGUCCAGUGGAGAUAUGCGGUGGCAAAGAGCACAGUGCUGUGAUCACAGAAAAUGGGAGGUUGCUCAUGUUUGGUGGUAAUACUGGUGGCCAACUGGGACUGAAGAUAAAACCAGAUGCCAAAAAACCCACCUCUGUGAAAGCAUUGAAGCCUGAAAAGGUGAAGCUUGUGGCCUGUGGGAGAGAUCACACACUUGUCUGCACAUUUUCAGUUCAGCACUGCGUCUGUGGGGCUGGCAGGAACCAGAAGGGACAGCUCGGCUUGGGCCACAGGGAGAACACUAAAUCCUUUCAGCUGCUGCGUCCGUUUUGUGACUCGGCACCGGUCAAAAUGCUCGCUGCUGGCAGCAGCACUUCAGCUGCCUUAACAGAGGAAGGGAGGCUGUUCAUGUGGGGAGACAACUCCGUGGGUCAAAUUGGUUUAGGGGACAAGGCGUUUGCAGCAGAACCUAGAGAGCUGAAUGUGGGGCAGGCGGUGAUGUGGGUAUCUUGUGGGCAUCGCCACUCAGCGUUUGUGACAGCGCACGGUGGACUUUACACCUUUGGUGAAAGUGCAAAUGGACGACUCGGGGUCCAGGUGGGGCAGCUGGCUAAUCACAGAGUGCCCCAGCAAGUGCAAGGCAUUAUGGGAAGUGUCAUUCAGGUGUGCUGUGGAGGGGAGCACACUGUGGCACUAACAGAGCAGGAUGUGUACACGUUUGGCAGAGGCCAGUACGGUCAGCUGGGCCACGGGACGUUUGAGUUUGAACUUCAUUUGCCAAAACCACUGGAGUGCUUCCACAACAGCAGCGCCAGACGAAUCGCCUGCGGAGAAAACCACACUGCUGUGAUUACAAAUGCUGGACUGCUCUACACAUUUGGUGAUGGCCGUUAUGGAAAACUGGGGUUACAGCAGGAGAACUUCAUCAACCAGUUCAGCCCAACACUGUGCACCCGUUUCCUGAAGUACAACGUGCAAUCAGUGUCCUGCGGUGGUCACCACACUCUGGUUCUGGCUGUCCCCAGACCAGCAGCACAGAGUCAGGGCGUAGAGUCACAGAAGGAUGCCGCAAUUACAGACUUCUUCUGGGAGUCAGACGACCCUGAAAACCUCUUCAAAGACUCUCCGAUGGACCCAGCUGCAGUCGUCCCUCUCUCAGCGCUAGCUGCUCGGGCUCGCCACAGAAAAAAAAAAAGCUUUGUGGAGCUGUUUGGAGAGUUGCCUCAGACCCCCCCUCGUCCUAAUUCUGGCUUCCUCAGCACCUCCUGGCAGACAUCCAGAAAUAUCCCAAACCUGAAGCAGCUUCUAAAGGAUGCUCCCUCCCCCACCUCCUCCCCCAAAGCGGCACCAGCAAGCCCGCUUUUAUCCCCCAGAUCUCAGUCCGUAUCCUCCAAGCCGCCAAGCCCACGUUCACAAUCAUCUCUCUCAUGUCGGAGUAAAACCUCCACCGCCGUCUCCUCCAGGUCCAAAUCCAAAAGGCUGCCUUCUUCUGUAUCUUCGUCCACGUCUAGAGCUAAUCAUAACUCAAAGAGUCCUGCCUAUUCUGAAAAGACUGUGAGGAGCGCAGCAUGCAGAGCCUUAAAUGACAAGCUGUCUGAUGCUUUCCCACCUAACAAACCCUGCAGCCCUAACAGACCCCUCAUCCGUGUUUCUGAUAAUAACCUGGACCAGAAAGGACCACAAACAAAGGGAGAAGCUCGAAGGGGACAGCUAAUCUCUCAAGAAGUGGAAGAUGAGAGAAACCAUAUGGAUUUUUUGCCAUAUAUGGAAACCAGAAUUGGGAGAGUUCAAAUUGCCAAAGAGCUAGAGGUUCGUGGAGACCAGAAGAGUGGCCAAAGCUCGCCCAAGUACCUCAAAGCAGAGGCUCUGACACGCUCCAACUCCAGAAAGGAAGAAGAGUUGUCACUGAAAAGCAGGAAGAGAAAAGCACGAGUCACAUCUCAAGACCGUCAGAACAUUACCACCAGCAAAACAAAACCUCCAGAAGUAAAAGACGGCCAAAGCAAGCUCUAUAAGAUAAAACAUGACAAGAAAAGUGCAACAACACAACAACCUGUGCCGAUAACAAUGACCAAAGUAAGUAAAAAAGGUGAAAAAGAUCAACUGACAGAGCACUCGUUUAAGAAAGAACUAAAAAUGACUCCAAAAAGAAGAAACAUAUCAGACAAGAUCAGCUCAACUCUAAAGGUUACAGAUAAUAAGGAAAUAACCACUGAAAACAUCUCAAAGGAUGAUGCUGUGAUGCAGAAUAAAAGCACUGAUCUAAAAUCCGCUGAAGUGAAGAAGCAGCAGGACAAAAAGAAACUCAACUUUACUCCAACAAAGAAAAAGGUUGAACGCACAUUGAGAAAUAUUCAUAACACAGCAGUGCCUUUAAAAUCACAAAAUCUUGAAGCUGCAGAAAUUACUAAGCCUUCUCAGGCUGUGGGUUUAAGUGUGAAAUCGACACCUGUGAAGGCGAUUAAACCCAAACCAGUCAAAAGUCAAAGCAAACAUGCAGAAAAACCUUCUGCUGUAGGUCAAAGCAUCAAAAACGGUGACAAGGAUGGGUUAAUAUAUGCAAAAAGCACAACAGGUGAAACUGAAGGCAGAACGUCAGAAAAACGGAAUUUACUUGAAGAGAAGAAGAAAAAGAAGGAAGAAGAACCUAAAGUUAGACAGAGAAAAAGAGGGAAAGAAGACGGUGCUGAUGUGGACUCGGAACGUAACAGCAAAGCCAAACCCAGGAUUAAAACAACCGAGGCUCCCAGCCAGACCUCUACACAUCAUGAAGAUGCUUCUGAAGUCUCGAGCAGUGCAGUUUCCUCACAAAGCCCCACAAAAGCCAGGGCGCUUUCUGUCAGCAGAGCUAAAUCCUUGCAAUCCUCUGACCGUCCUGCCGCGGAAACACUUGCACCUGAAACUCAAAGGAAAGAGAACGAAGACCUGCAGGAAGGAAAACAGACGUGGGGAGAGAUUUUGAGCGACGCGGCGUUUCUUCUACCUGCUGCGGGGGUCGCAGGUGCAGCUAUCGGCCUCCUGAGCGAGGCAGUGACUCAUGUGGAGGCUUUCCGGGCCGACAGCGACAGAGCUGCCUCUCCAGAACCUGAAACACCGAAAGUCAAACAGUUCGCAAAGCAGAGUGCAAUUAUGCACCCGUCCUUCUCUGCGACGUUGCAUUCUGAUUCAGAGGAAAGGGACGACAGCACACAGAAGGAUGCUCAAAUGAGCAUCUUAUCAGAUUUAGGAAACGAUGCACAUGAGGAGGAAUUCAAUGAUCCUUCAGAGCAGGAACCGGCUGAGCAGAUCAGGAAGGAAGAAACUUUUGAAAAUAAAGAAGGAGAAGAAGAAAGCUCUGAAGAGGACGAUGAUUCCAAGAUGACUGAGACAAACACCGGUGAUGAAGAGCAAAAGGAAGAUGAAGAAGCGUUGGGAAGUGACGUGGAAAGCAAAAGCGAGGAUGAGGAAGGAGAAAGCAGCGAGGCUGCAGGGGAGAGUGAACCUGGAGAAGAUGACGAUGAUGAGCAAGAUAGUGAGUCAGAAGGAGAGGAGAGCGAGGGAAAAACAAGCUCCAGCGUUCAGGAGGAAGGUGAAGAAAGUAACAAAAGUGACACAAAGGAUGCUGAAAGUGAGGAAGAGGAGAGCAGCGUGGAAACGGGUGAAGGAGUGAGUCACUCUGAGGCGAGUGAGGCAGCCGAGGAGGACGAAGGUGGAAGUGAAGAGCAAAGUGAUGAGAGUAAAGGAGAGGAAGAUAGUGAGGUGAGUGAGGAUGAAGAAGAAAAAAGCGGUGAAGGAUCCGAGAGAGAGCAUGGUGAGAGUGAAGAGGAGGAGGAUGAGGAAGAAGAAGAGGAGGGCGGGGAGGGCAGUGACACGGCGGUGUCUGAGGAAGAAGAAAGCGAGGAACCGAGGCAGUCUGAUGAAGAGCAGGAAACUGAGAAAGAGGAGAGUGGAGGAGAGGGGGAAGAAGUCAGUGAGGAAGAGGAGGAGGAAGGAGAGCUUUCUUUGAGUGACGAAGAAGCUGAACAGGAGGCUACAGAGGAUGAGGAGGAAGGAGAAGGGGAGAACACAGAGGAGGAAAAUGAGGAAGAGGAACAGGGGAGCACAGGGAAUGAGGAAGAUGAAGGAACGGAUGAAGAGAGCAAAAGCGAGGAGGAAGAGCAAAGCAUGGAAGAAGAUGAGGAAGGAGCAGAGGAAAGUAUCUCUGCUUCUGAGGAAGAGGAAGCAAGUGAGGAAAAAGGAAAGGAGAGUGAGGAAGAGGAAGAAAUAGAUGAGGGGGAGGAGGAGGAAGAAGAAGCAGAGGAAGAGGAGGAGGAAGAAGAUGGAAAUCAAGAACAAGAUGAAGAAGAGGAAGAAGAAGAACAAACAGAAAAAGUUGAAGUAGAAGAGGAAGAGGAGGAGGAGGAAGAACAAAUGGAAGAAGAUGAGGAAGAGGAGGAAGAAGAGGAGGAGGAAAAAGAAGAGGGUGAAGAAGAAGAAGAUGAGGAAGAAGUGCAAGAGACGGCAAAGAAACAGAAGAAGAGAGAGAAAUCAACAGGCUCAAAGGGGGCGGAGCCACCGUCUUCUUCUUCUUCUCCUCCUUCAGGGAAACGGAGAGAAGCUCCCAGACCCGCUCCAAGGAGCAAACAGAGAGACGCAGAGGAGAAGAAACCAGAAGAAUCCAAGCAGUUCUGGAACGAUGUUCUGCCUCAGUACCUGGACCUGCAGUGACUCCUACUGCCUCAUCUACAGAUACUGUUGCCAUGGUGAUACAUACUGGUUUCUGAACUGGGGCUUCCAUGCCUUAAGGUGGACACUCGUCUGUGGCCAUCUUGGACUUUCACUUUCUAGAAGAGAGGCAGGAAAUAGUUGGGUUUUUUUUAAUGAGGAAAGUUGAUACUUUUUGAACAUGUUCUGUUGCUGCCUCCUGCUGGACAUCAGUAUUGUUGCACUUUAAUAAUGCGCAAAUACAUUGAGUCAAUAAUUAUCCUCAUUGCUAGUCAAACUCAAUCAGUUGCAGUUGCUGGUGUUACACUAGAUGACACAUCCAGGAAAACAGUAAAAUCAAGCAAUACAUCACACAAUACAUCAGAUUGUCGUGCAUUGCUUAAGUUUUCUCUCAAUGAAUCACAAUAUCAUAGAAAAGUCAACGUAUUUCAGCAAUUUGUUUCAAAGGGGAAAACAUAAAACAUAAAUUUAUUACACAUUAGCCUUUAUUUCUGCAAAUUUUAAUAAUAAUUGAUCAGAUUUUCCUUCCACAUAACUUUCCAUGCUUAUACUAGGACACAGAACAUUAUUAUAUAUUAUAUACGAACAGAUAUUACAAUACAUAUACUAAUAUUUAUUAUAAUAUAUUUUAUUUCUAAAUCGAAGCUCUUUUUGUUCUUAUGUAACAUUCCAAGAACGUGAAUUUUGGGCUUUGGGUUAAUCCUCAACUUUAAGAAGUGAAUUCUUAAAAUGUCUCACUUUGUGUUAUGAAUCCAUAAUAUACUUGAAUUUAGCUUUUUAAAUUAUAUUACUGAAGUAAAUGUACUUUUUAAAGAAAUUACAUUUAUUGAGGUGCACUUGUGAUGAAUAUUUGAUACUGUAGUCAGCACUAUGCUAUUUAAUGUAGGAUUGUCUCAAACUUAAUUCACUGCAAGGUGUUUCAGUAAGUGCAGUUGAAGUAAGUUCAGGUUAUUAAAGUGAAAGUUACUUUAUUUCUAAAUCCAAAAUAUUUGACAUAUGAAACACUAGUAUAAUUCCAAUUUUCUGGUGCUAAAAUCUCCACCAUUUCUAUUUUAUUUGCUGCUUUUACUGCUUGCUACUUCAAUUCAGUUAUAGUAAAGCAUUUAUAAUUAAAGAAUGGUUUAAGAAAAACAAAUCAGAGCUGUGUGUUUAUAAUAAAGCUACAAGGCUCAUUUCUGUAAAACAACAAUAAAGUUGUUUUCUGUUGCCUGAUUGCUUCUUGUAUACUCCUUCCGUUUCCAUCUGCUUGAUGUAGAGUUACUUUAGUGAGUCACUUUACUUUCCCUGCAUGAUUAGUCAUGUUCCUAUUGUUGAACGUUGUCUGAAGCUCAAGAAGCAGGCAGGUAAAGAAAAUGCAGUAAAAGAAGGAUCUUCAGAGGAAGCGAAUUUGUAAAAAAAAAAAAUCAGCUGCGCACACCUUGACAGAAACAAAAAUACAAACUUGUCUCUGAAUAACAACCUCGUAAAUGUACUAAUUAUCAAUAAAAUGCACUUACGUUUUUGCAUGUACCGUGACAAAAUGCGACUGAUAUUGAAUGUGACAAGCGAUAUUUUUGCAAAGCACUCAGUCUGAAACUAAAAAGAGAAGCUGAAAUG